CAUGAAAUGGAUAGUUUUAGUACCUAUAUUUGCACAGAUACUCCAAUUGAAGCUAGUAAUAACUGUGAGAUAUUUUUAGAUUUGAGCAUAUCAGUAAUGAGUUGGAUCAUAAAUAAUUUACUGAUACCAGCAGAACCAAUAAAGCUUGCUG